AAAUUCCCGAGCUUCCGUCUCUCUAUUACAAGCUAUAUGAGUUCGAAGAAAAGCUACUCUUCAGCUUUCUUUUUCUCUUUCUCUUUUGUUUUUUUCCUUUCUUCAUAAACGAAUCAUGAAUUCUCAUACUUUUGAUAUCCACCCUUUGCAGCGAUUUGCUGGCUCGAAUGCCGCAAUCCGACGCCCAAAGGAAAUCGCAUGUUUCUCCUACGACGAUGACCAUAAUUUCCUCCUUGAUGAGUCGUCCCUCCGUUAUUACUAUCCUCCUCGCCUACCCGUGGACCUGAACGGUGGGUUCGAAACCUUCAAAAAGCUCGACGAUUCGGCAGAUGAACAUCUGGAUGCGCUACUCGACACCAUUAUCGCACUAGAGAAGAGCACAGGUGCGAAGUGCGAGGCCGAUGUGAUAACAUGGAGGGGCAUGAUGACCAAGUUAAUGACUGCUUCAUUUGACAAUUGGAACGGCUUCGAAAUGAAUGCUACAUACUAUCAAAUCAUGAUUGGGACUGACGAUUUAUUCAUUAAAAAGGGCUCUAUCUUUAUCGAAGAGAACAACGAAUACAAGAAUGCUCAGAAAAAGAUACAACUAGAGCAAAGAAUGCCACCGGGGGCUCCCUCUCAGGACAGGAUGAUGUACUGGGGUUAUAAGUUUGAAACUUUAUCGCUCAUUGAUGAGCCCUGGGACGCCGUGUCACGGGAAACGAUCGAGUCGCGAGAACACAAGAUUGUGAACAAUAAUUCCCAAUAUUGCUCUGUCGUACGUACCGGUAUAGGAGGCGUGAAAUUGGUCAUCGGCGGUGAAGUCGAUGCAGUAUGGGAUUGCAAACCGGACAGAAAAGAUGAUCCAAUAAAUUGGGUAGAACUGAAAACAUCUGCGGAGAUUCGCAAUGAUAGAGACAUGCUAAAAUUUGAACGGAAGCUUCUCAAAUUUUGGGCGCAAUCAUUCCUUCUUGGAGUCCCCAAGAUAGUUGUUGGGUUUCGAAAUGAGCACGGCAUUCUGCAACGACUUGAAGAAUUUCAAACUCACGAGAUUCCCGGAUUUGUCAAGAGGCAAGGAAGACGUAACUGGGAUGGAAACAUCUGCAUCAAUUUCACGGCUCAACUACUUGAAUGGAUUCGGGGUAUAAUUAACACCGAAGGUAUGUGGAGGAUAAGGAGAGUGGAGAAAGCUCCCGUCAUUGAGGUUUUUAAGCUGGAGGAUUCUGGACACGGUGGAAUUUUAUCGGAUGCUUUCAUCGAAUGGCGCUCACGGAAUUGAACUCGACAACAGAUAUUUGUAUCAUUAUGUCUCAAAUUUUCGUCUUGAUACCCAUACUAUGCGUUUUGGCGUCUUUAGCAAUCCCAUUGUGCGAGGCA